CACAUAAUUUACCCCUAUUAUUUGACGAACUAACUCUCUAUUGACUACUAUAAUAUAAAAGAUUUCCUUAAAAAUUUCCGACCCUGUCCAACCCUCUUCACACAUCCCCCGCCGCCAAACAAGCCUCUCGCCACUCUGUCACAGCAUCGUAAACCCUCUCUUACCUUCAAAUUUCCGACUGGCCUCGAAAUUAAGUAAGGGAUAAACAUGCCAGAAAGCAAGGCGGUGAUUGGUCUGAGAUGGGAGCCCAAGCUCCCUGCAUUGCCUUUCCAAUCUAAAACCGCCUCUAUGUCUGGUUCUGGGUCUGUUUCUAAAUCCGGGAAUGAGCCCCAAAGCACUUCCCUCUGGAAACCCAACCCACAACUCAUCGAUGGCCUUUUUCUACCGCCUAAUGAUCCUUCUAAGGUUAACAAGUUGCUCAGAAAGCAAGUCAAAGACACUGCUGGCACCGCCUGGUUUGAUAUGCCUGCCCCAACUCUCACCCCGGAGUUGAAGAAAGAUCUUCAAUUACUCAAGUUGAGGGGAGCCAUUGAUCCCAAGAGACACUAUAAAAAGGAAUCAAAAUCCAAAGCACUGCCGAAGUAUUUCCAGGUGGGAACUGUGGUAGAAUCUGUGACAGACUACUACUCAGGUAGAAUGACAAAGAAGGAGAAGAAGCCAACCCUUGCUGAUGAGCUGCUUUCUGACCCUGCUGUUAGGCAAUACAGGAAGCGCAAGGUUCGGGAGAUUGAAGAACGUAAUCGACCAGCCGGCAAUGAGAAAUGGAAGAUAAAAGGUCUUCAAACGUUCAAGCGAGCAAAGCAACGAAGGCAUUAAUGUUUCCACACUAUAUUUUGUUUUGGAAUUUUGACCCUGUGUAGUACUAGAGUGGAAGGAAAGUUUUAUGCCCAAUGUCCCAAGAAACAAGUUGAACUAUGGAUUUCUUGAUUCUAGAUAUUUUAGCAUUUUGAUUGAUAGUGGGGAGCUAUUUAUACAAAAAUGCAAAGGGGUUUUGAGUAA